UCCUCCCUCCUGGGCGGAGAGAGUAGUCAGGAGAUAAAAGGGAGGCAGGGGCCAGCUGGGCACUGCCGGGAGCUGAGAGCUGAGGUCUGGCCAAAGGACAGCAGCGAGGACAAGUGCGCUCCCCGCCAGCGCCGGCAUGGGGCUGCUGGUGCUGGCCCUGGCCUCCUGGCUGGGGCUGGCCUUGGCCUCUGAGGGGGCGACCAACAGCAGCCGGCUGUGCCGGGAGGCCCCGGCAUGGCAGAUCAACGGCUCCAGCCCCAUGGCGGAGGCGGCGGGGCAGGUGACGGUGGUGGCCCUGCUGAAGGCCAGCUGACACUUCUGCCUGCGGCAGGCCCACAGCCUCGGGGGCCUGCGGGAGAGGCUGUCGCGGCAGGGCAUGGCCGACGUCCACUACAUGAUCAUCAACGAGCAGGCGCCACUUUCCCGUGCCAUGUUCGGGGAGCUGCAGCGCCAGGCCCCCCCGGGCGUUCCCGUCUUCCAGCAGCAGCCGCAGGAGCCCGAUGUCUGGCAGCUGCUGGGGGGGGACAAGGACGACUUCCUCGUCUAUGACCGCUGUGGCCGCCUGGCUUUCCACAUCCAGCUGCCCUACAGCUUCCUGCACUUCCCCUACGUUGAGUCGGCCAUCCGCUUCACCCACAGCAAGGACUUCUGCGGCAACUGCUCCCUCUACCCCAACGGCACCCACGAGGCUAACAGCACCAUGGAGGUCCCUGUAACCCCAAGCCCGCUUCCUGAACAGGAGAAGGAGUCAGAGGCCCCCAUCCACCACCAGCACAAACCCCUCCAUCCUCACCACCACGCGGGCAGCAGCGAGAGAGCCCCAGAGCCCGGCGGGGACCACAGGCCUGCUGGCCAUGCUCACCACCACCACGGAGACCGUGGCCAGCCCCACUCCAAGGGGCAGAAGCAGGAGGGACGUGAUCCUUAAGUGAGGCUGGGCAGCCUUGCAGAACCCAGUAGCGUGCACAGCGUGCCAGCUCGCUUCCCAGAGGUGUUAAAGUACUCGUUUCAGACCGCUGGUCACCAGCAGCGUUGGUGUGACAGCCCCCUCCAGCACCCCCAUGUGGGUCAUGCUUCCACCCCGUGAACCAGGGAUGAAAAUCCCCCUCUGACACCCAAAGGUGCUGUGCUUUUGGCCACAGGACUCAGCUGACCCUUCCUCUGCUGCCUGCCUCUCCGUGCUCAAUGAAGCCCGUGGUGCAAACCAGGACAUCCCUGGUCACCGCGGGCCGACACCGCACGGAGCAGCAGGGCAGGGCUGGAGGGACCAGAGCUGGGUGCUGCCCCACCUGGCACCCGUGGGUGCCCGUGGAGGGACGGGGUGAGCCCAGAGGAGGGGGGCAGUAGGAGUGGGCGCUGCUGGGUGGCUUCCCAUGGCCCAAACCCCGUACCCCCAUCGCUGUCGCACCCUGGGGACCCUCCGGGCCUUGCACACGGGUAUGUGCAGUGGUGGUGGGUGGCCGCAAGAUGGUGGCCUUGUCCCCUCUCAGAAACCGAGGGGCUGCGGCCAGGGCCCACAGCCCUGGGAGGACGGGGGUGAGGGUCCAGGGGGAGAAGCGGGGAUGGGGACAUCCAGGUUGUGAAUAAAGCCUCUGUGAAGCGAA